CAAGACCUCCAGACUCGCAACCCGGAAGCUGAUAUCAUCGCAGCCCGCAGAAUGGGUAGGACCCUUUCCAUAUUGAUUACAUUUGCGCAUGGCCCAGUCCCUCACACCAUACGCUACAUGAGUGUAGUGCAUAGAUGCACGGCGUACAAGGGAAGUCCAGACGCGUGCACAAACUGUCGUCGACCGGGCCACAGACACGACGUGUGCCCCCACCCCAAGAGUGGUCUCUGCCCGCGGUGCGGGGACAAGCAUGAGCUGCAAGAUGUUCCCUCCUGCAUCCCGAUCUGCAUUCUCUGUGGGGGGCAGCACCUCACGGGCACCGGCUCGUGCAAGGCAAGAAAUACCGCCACCAAACGACUUAUCCCACCGCCCCAGAAGUCAAAGUUCCCUACCAAGAAGGACUUUCCCCCGCUUAGCACGACCCUCCCGUCUACCUCUACAUGGGCUUCCAAGGUUGCCAAGACGAACAUCAUGACUUCCCAGGACUCGGACGUGAAGGCUCUGCGGGAUGAGGGACAGCCCGCCAUCUCAAGCUGGGAGGACUGGGAGGUCCUGCUCUCGUCGACGGACCCAACAUCGCAGGUUACUGCGGUGGCUCGGGCUGCCGACGUCAUGAGCAAAAGGAGCAUGAACGUUUCGACGUAGUGCGGGACCGUGCGGUGGUCCAGGGACCCAGAGGAGUCCAAACUCACUUGCUAUGAAUAAAGUUUUUCUGUCUGUC